AUGGCGGACGACACCGACGCUGAGGCGGAUGCGCCUUGUCGCCUCUGGAAAUUGCCCGGGGAGUUGCGCAAUCGCAUCUACCGCUACGUCCUCAUCCAACAAGAAGAUGCGACAGGCGAUAGUAUGGUCAAUGUCGAGGCCAACGGCUAUGACCGGCCGGGACUUCUGUCCACCUGCAAAGAAAUUCGCAGGGAAGCCUUGAAGAUUUACUACUACGAAAACACUUUCCAUGUCCAAAUUAAAAACUUCAAUUCCGCGCCUCUGGUUGAAUGGAAGAAUCAUUACAUGGCGAAGCCUGGUGGCCGAACAUGCUAUUGUGGCUUCGGCGGUACCACCGAAAACAAGUGA